AUGUCCCUGAAUUCCAAAAAGUCAUGGCAUACCAGUAGCCUGGCCAACCAGGAGAAAGUCUGGAAGGCCGAGCAGAAGGCCGCGGCCGAGGCCCGACGCACGGCUGUCCUCCAGAAGGAGCUGGCUGCCGAGAGGGUGGCCAUUGCCGAGGGCAAAGCUCCCAGCUCCCAGCUUGACUGGAUGUAUUCCGGACGGUCACAAACGGUGACCGAGGAGCGCGAGGACUAUCUUCUUGGUCGGAGGCGAAUUGACUUCGCCUCGAAGACCCGGCCCCAGGGUCCCACAUCUCUGAGUGAGGGUGUCCCCCUAUCCGGGCGCCAGAGUGCCUUGACUUCCGUUGCCACGGUCCCCGACGAUGAAGCCGACCGGGCUGAGGCGGCGGCCGAAGCCAUGCGCGAAGAGGAGGAACGCCAACUCAGUGCCAAGCGGCUACAGGCGGCCCUACGAGAGGACCCCUUCACGGCCAUCAGCCUGGCCGAGGAGGAGGCCGCUUCUCGGGCCGCCACCCGCGCGAGCAUUGGCCGGACCAUGGCCCAGGCAUCGAGCCGCGCCGAUGGCCGUCGCCCCAUGGGUCUGCAUGACGCGCUCGAAGCGCAACUUUCACGGACUCUCAACUCGUCAGGCCCGCCGGAGGCGCCGCUCUCGGAAUCGCGCUCGCGUCGGAGCCACCGACGCCGGCGGAGUCAUUCCCCUUCGGCUGGUAGUGACACUAGCGACUGCGAGUCUACCUCGCGCCGACGCCGGCGUCGAAGCCGUCGUGACCGAAGCUCCUCCCCCUCGACCAACAAUGACGAGGAGGACGGCCGGUCGGAGCGGCGGCGGACUCGCCGUCGGACUCGUCGCCGGGAUGCGUCUGCGUCGCCAACUGCUGCUGAUGAGUCCUCCUCGCGCCGAACUCGCCGCCGGAGCCGUCGCGAUCGAAGCCCCUCGGCCGCUCUCGAUGCUGCUACCCCCAUGAAUGAGGAAGAUCGCACACGCGACACGCCGAGUGGUCAGCGUCCGGUGUCUCGGAGUCGGACCCCGUCACCGCGGCGGUCAUGCUCUCCCCGGCCUCGGUCCCCGAUGCCAGCCUCGCGCCGGGGUGGUGCUCCCCAUUCGCGGUCACGGUCACGCUCGUGGUCACGCUCUCCGGUCCGGCGCACCGAUCGUCGGCUCUCGCCGCCACGGCAGCCCCGUCACGAUCGCACGGAUUUCCACAAUCUGCGUGAUCGCAGCCCCUCACCGCGGCGCUUCCAAGGCAGGCAUGGCUCCCCGGUUUACCAGCGCGAUCGUAGCCGCUCUCCUUUCCGGGGUGACCGCAGUCGCUCGCCACCCCGUCGGUUCGAUGGUGACCGCAGUCCGCCCCGGCAGGCUCGUCGUGACUGGAGCCCCCCUCGGCAGUCCUAUCGUGAACGCAGUCCAGCCCGCCAUCUCAGCCGUGAUCGUGGCCCGCCACUCCCAGCCCCCCGUCACCAUGAGGCACGCAAUGUCCGCGAGGAGCGUCAUUCCGUCACUGACAACCGUGGGCCGGCCUCUGGUGUUUCCUCCAUGCUUGAUGCGGCCGCCAAGCUCCAAGCCGCCCGAGAGGCGCACUUGAAGGCUACUGAGCAACGUGAACGUGAGAUUUCCCAGCGCGAAGACAUCGCCCGGCGAAACACUGGCGCUAUGGGCGAUAUGGCGGCCUUCAUCCGUGACACCCACCGUGAGUCUCAAAAGUCUGGUGGGGCAUGGCGCCGAUAG